UAAACUAAAUGUAUAAAUAAUAAAGUGCCCAUAUGUGUUAUUUUAGUGUUUUAGUGGAAUGAGGAUCGAUCAUUGAUGAGUCCGAGGCCGCAUAAAAAUAGCGUUUUAGUGAUCAAGGAGUCAGUGCUCGUCGCCCACACACACACGCAAAGUUGAAAACUAUAAUUUUUAAUCGUUUCAAGAUGGCGAUUUGAAGCGUCUCUAAAUUCAAAGGCGAAAAAUUUAUAUUUUUUCCGAUUGAUUUGACUUCUAGCCCGGCCGAAACGAAGAUAACUUUUGAAUAUUAAAUUAAAUUUCACACCCUGUAACGCAAAUCGUUUAAAAGUUUUCUUUCUUAUGUCCUUCUUUAUAAUUUUUAAUAUUUGUCAGAAAAAUUUCACAUAUUGCGUGGGCUAUAAAUUUUCUGUCUUUUUGAGGACUAAGAUAUACAAUUUUUGAGAGCAAUUUUCGAACUUCACAAAACUUGUUUUUCAAAUGAAAACUAGAAAAAUGAAAAUUUGUAUAAUCUGGUCUUAUUUAAUAUUACAAAUAUAAUAAAAACUACGUAUACGACAGUGCAUUGCGAAUAUUCUUAGUUUUUUAAUAUGAAAUAUUGUGAGGUGAUGAUGAAAUAUUACUGUUAUCUAUUCAGACUAACAGUACCGCCAUCCUGAUAAUAUUUUCGACGGAUAUAAUUUUGACUACUGUAGUUUCCCUGGCACUCCUCAUAUAUUGAAUAAUUUUCCACUGAAACAUAACUGCGUGUAUAAGAAUGUUCAACAUUUUUGAGUGAGACUCGAUGAAAAAUGGUUAGAGGCAGUGAAUGAAGUUAUGUUGAUACUCUCGUGCUAAUUUUGGCACAUAACUUCUGACAGACGUUGCUGUCAACCGUGGUUGUCGUCUUUUGAAAUGCGUCUUUGGUAACGAAACCCUAUGAACCCAAGAGAAUCCGGGGAGAGCCUGGACAAUUUCGCUCAAGAUGCUGGAAAAUACAUACCCAGGGAAGUUGUGAUUGAAGAACCCACAGACAGCGAGGGAUCUUCUGUUUCGGGGUUGUCAUCAGAUGAUGAAGGGCAUGUGGAACGACCCAAAACUGACAUUCCACCUGAGUACUGGCACAUUCAGAAACUGGUCAAGUAUUUGAAAACCGGAAAUCAAACAGCGACUGUGGUCGCUCUUUGUUGCCUGAAAGACCACGAUUUAACCACUGAAAUUAAUCAGCUAGCCAUACAGGAAAUCGGUGGACUGGAACUACUUAUCAAUCUGCUGGAGACCAAAGACCUAAAAUGCAAGUUAGGAGCAUUGAGCGUUCUCGCGGAGCUGUCGCAAAACCAGGACAUACGCCGUAGUAUCGCGAAUCUAGGCGGCGUAGACUUACUCGUGAAAAAUUUGAAGGAGCCGGCCCGUGAUCUACAGAUUCUGGUAGCGGAAACCAUAUACAACGUGGCUCAAGUGAGAAAAGCCAGAAAACAAAUUCGAAAAUGCGAUGGCAUUCCGAAACUGGUCGAUUUUCUCGACAUCGACGAACAAUAUUUGAAGACGCCCAAAGAACAAUUGAGCAAAGACGAAGUCGAACAGGUGAAUAUUGUACAGGCCGCGGUUAAAGCUUUGUGGUCUGCUUCGAAGAGCAAAAAGAAUAUCCAGGUGAUGAUGAAGAGCGGCUCGGUACCUCUGUUAGCCAGAUUGUUGAGAUCGGUUCACAUGGAGGUUGUUGUGCCGACUAUGGGAACUAUUUCGCAGUGCGCCAAUGAUCCGAACUACCAGUUGGCAAUCCAAACAGAGGGGAUGAUUAGGGACAUAGUGACACAUUUAUAUGCAGGGGAAUUUCCGGACCUGCGGAGGUAUUGUGCGGAUACUAUUUUCAAAUGCUGCGAAAAGACUGCGACCAGGGAUAUAGUAAGACAAUCAGGAGGAUUGGAUCCGCUUGUGAAUAUGGCCAGCGAUUCAAACACCAAAGAAGAUAAGAAGCUGCUUGCGGCGGUUACAGGUGCGAUCUGGAAAACAGCCAUCAGUCCCGAAAACGUGGAGAGGUUCGAUCAGCUCAAAACAGUCGAGGUAUUGGUUAAGUUACUGGAAAACGUAGAAGAAAAUGAAGAGGUGUUGAGCAACGUGGUGGGAGCGCUUGGGGAGUGUCUUAAGUUUGAACAUAACCGCGCCGCGCUAAGAAGGGCGGAAGGUAUACCCCACCUGGUUAACCUGCUUAAUUACACCUAUUCUCCGUUGUUGGAGAAUGUCCCCAUGGUUUUGAGAGAAUGCGCAGAAGACCCAGAAUCGAUGAGAAUCAUCGAGCAGCUCGACGGUGUUAGGUUGAUUUGGUCAUUGUUGAAAAAUGACUCGCCGAGGGUCCAAGCCAACGCGGCUUGGUCUUUGGUGCCUUGCAUUCGCCACGCCACAGAUUCUGGCGAAAUGGUGAGAUGUUUCGUGGGUGGUUUGGAACUUAUCGUCAAUCUUCUCAAGUCUCCAAAUUCUCACGUACUGGCAUGCGUUUGCGCGGCUAUAUCCGAAGUGGCGAAAGACAUCGAGAAUUUAGCUGUUAUAACAGAUCAUGGGGUUGUGCCGAUGUUAGUAAACUUGGUGGAAACUGAAGACGUCGAACUUAGACAACACUUGGCUUCGGCAGUCGCGUAUUGCUGCGCUUGGGGAUCGAACUGCAAGGAAUUUGGACGGUUGGGCGCCAUAACUCCGCUGGUCCAAUAUAUGGCGGAUGGUGACGCGGGGGUGCACCGGACGACCGCGCUCGCCCUCUUCCAUCUAUCCAGCAACCCCUUUAACUGCAUUACGAUGCAUGAGAGCGGGGUAGUACCAUUCUUGCUCAAAGCCGUGUCGUCGACGGAUUGGAAGCUCCAAGAGGCGGCAGCAGGGUGUCUGGCUAAUAUUCGGAAAUUAGCACUGGAAGCCGAAACUUGCCAUCUUAUACGACCUGAGGGGUCCGAUAACGGAAAUGAUUGAGAGUUGUUUUAUUAGUUUCAGUAAAGUGGUUUUGGAGACAAACGUUAUUUUAAAAUCCGCUAAGGAGUAGGCGUUCCAUCAGUAAAUUUCACCAAUGGAACUAGACUAGUUGCAGUAAUGCAGGCAAUGCUAAUGAUGUGACGGAUAGUGUAAAACUAGUGGCAGACAACUGCAAGAAUAGAGUGUUUAUAUUUAUUGCUUAUGAUGUAUUUUGACUCUUUUUUCUUGAAUUAUGUGGGUUUAAUAACACACACUGAAGCGUUUUAUUUUAAGAAGGAUGUAUUAAAUAUUGGAAUUUAUAAAAAAACUAACAUAAUUCAUUCUACACUUGGUCCGCCAUUCCACCGCGUGCUUCUUCUCUAGUCUCGUAGGCCAAAAAGGAAGUUAUUUCAAAAACAAUACAUGUAAUGCCAUCUAUGACAAUAACUGCGUUCUGCACUAAUACAU